AUGCCUCCAGGGACUUCAUCCCCGCGUCCCCAACUCGGUAUCUGGACAAUCAAAUAUCGAGCCUUUAAACAAACCUCGCGUAUUUGGGUGAACAAGCGCGGCCAUACGACCUGCGAAUGGUAUUAUGGGCUCAUGACAGAUUUGGGGUACACCGGCGCAGGAUUAUUGGAAAAGUUCGAUGAUGAUGACGCUUUCUAUGCAGAAAAAAAGGAGCUCGUUAUGGCCCGCCCUCUUGAACACAGAUUGAUGCUAGCAGAACAUGGAAUCAACGAACUGGCAACCUGGUGGUACGAUCCGAAAACCCAUACAGUUGACAGGUUUGGCGAGAAGCCGGGGUCUGUUAUCCAGCUUGGAUUGUUCAUUCACUUACUCAGAACCCUCACGACAAAGACGCACACAUUUCUGCAAGAGGGCAGGUUUAUGACUCUAAAAGAAGCUGAAGAGCACGAAAGGAGGCUGAACAAGACUUUGCAAGAUGACCCCGAGUUAAAAGAGCUUAAGCUCACGGCAGAAAUGAUCAACGACUUGCUAAAAGAGGAAAUUUCGGAGCCUGAGGCAAGUGCUGAGGCUGUGAAUUUACCUGACCCAUCUGGGGCAGAAUGA